AUGUCUUUCGUUGGUUUUUUGAUUGAGCAAACUUUACCGUUGGACGUGGGCAGCAUGAUUCGCUUCUCUAUCCACCAGAAUAACAGCAAACAAGUUGGCAAUUUGUGGAAAGUUGGGGUGGUCUCUCUCCUCUGGAGUCUCUGGUCUCACCGCAACAACGUCAUACACAACAAUUUAGCACCUUCGCGCCACCUCAUUCUCAAGCAGGUCCGGGUUUUUCUUUGUGAAGCUGCCAACAAUUUCGUCCUUGGCACUAUGGCCAACUCGGUUACUGAUCUACUCAUUCUUAAGAAUCUUUCCAUCGCUGGACAACCCAGGAAGCCUUUAUCCUUUAUUUACGUUGCUUGGCACCUUCCCCCGCCGUCUUGGAUUAAAGUUAAUACUGAUGGCUCGGUCCGUGAAGGGAGGAUUCAUGCGGGGGGCGUCUUUAGGAAUGCCUUCAACGACGUUCUUGGUUGUUAUCAUUUUUCAGGCGGCCAUGGGGUUGCGUUCGAAGCAGAGCUUUUAGCUAUUAUUAUUGCGAUUGAAUCUGCACAUCGCGCCAAAUGGGAGAGAGUUUGGUUUGAGUCGGAUUCUUCUUACGUGGUUCAGCUUCUUCAGUCGCUAUCUGAGACGGAUUACUGA